CGGGAAGAGAUCAACCUAAAUGGUGAGAUCAAUAAGUGAUGGUCAAGGGAACUUAAUAUUUACCAAGGUGGAGAGAAAAAUAAAACAAUGGGUGGAUCACUUGGAACGACUCCUUAACCGAUUAUCAACCUCAACUCGUAGAGAAGUACCACGAAGAACGGCACUCAGAGAACUGCCAGUAGACAGCAAUCCUCCAAGGAAAUCAGAACUCUUGAAUGCAAUCAAGUGGCGAUUGAAGGUCAGUGGGGCAGGCAGCAGCAGCAGCACCAGACAGAUUUCCUCCGGAAACACUGAAACGAGUAGAGAGACCAUAGCGGAUAUGCUCACGUCACUGUUACACAAUUUUGGAAAGGAGGGAAGGAAGGAUGAAAGGGAAGAUACCUACUGAUUGAUUGGAAGAAGGGCUACUACGUCAAACUACCAAAGAGGCCCAAGGAGCGACUGAAACCAGUGCAAGAACUGGCUCAGUAUCAUGCUGUUGUCAACGCCAAGUAAAAUACUAAGUAACGUCACCCCAGAGAGAACAAAAGAUGCACUGGAUGCAGAACUCCAUCAGCCUUCAACAAGCUAGAUUCAGGAAGGGCAAAUCAUGUGCUGAUCAAAUUGCAACUCUACGCAUCAUC